AUGGGUGUCAUAAAUCAACGCGAUUACUGUUAUGAUGCGUUUGGAAAUUAUGUCAACUGCUACUCGACAUGGAAUAAUUGGGGUCGAUGGGUGGCUUUUGCAGUCAUCGUAGGAUCUGCUUUCGUUUUCUUCUUUUUAUUUGCCUGCCUCAAUGCUCGACGUCGUCGUGCCCGCGGUCAAACCCCCAUGUAUGGCACACAUUGGAUGGCACCACCACCAUAUAGACAAGGCGAUUAUCAACCCGCACCUCCUCCUCAAUAUCAACGUCAAGAUCCGGGCCAAGGGUUCUAUGCUCCACCACAACAACCAUAUUCACCGCCUCAAGGCGCUCCUGGCCCCUACAGCGGACAACAAGAGAAUGGAAUCGAGCUACAACAGCCCCCGACUGCUUAUCAUGGCGGAGAGCAAGUAUAUGCGCCGCCUCCUGGACCACCACCAGCCAAGAAAUAA